AUGCUGAGAGUAAGGAACCAAAGGGCAUUUAAGGAGAGAAGCCCAUACGCAGCCGUGCCAAAUGGAGCAAAUACAGUUGCCUCGAGUAGUGUUUUGGCACGAGGUCGUCGCGGAUAUCGUCGAGGAGGUCAAGUGAGACAGCCCGUUGCAAACAGCUCCAAUAUUAAUGCUCCUCCGACACAAGCGACUCCUCCAACACGUGCGGCUCCGACGACACCAGCGACACAGGCGUCAACUGAAGCAGGCCAGGGAAUGUCACGGAGCGGGAUGAUUGGGAUGAUUCCUCACAACAUGCCGCCCAUAGUUAACCCCAGCCCUGACGCACCAAGUGCGUUGUCGUCACAUGUUCCCUCCAACAUGAAUCAAGUGGUCAAGAUUCCGACAGUUGGCUCCUACAGCAGACAAUUUUCCAUGUCAAAUUUUCGCUCCAUUUUGGGAGAUUAUUCAUCAAAUAUAGAUCAACUGUUAGAAGCCAGUAUCUCUGAAAACUCAAAUUCAGUUUGGAUCAUUGGCUCAUCUAUUAUUCAUUGGGCACAGAAAUAUGCAGAGACCACAAAUCAGUUAAACCUUGGAUUAAACCACUUUACCAUUAAUUGGAAUGGUAGAAGGGGAAUGGUUUGGGAGUACAUGUAUACAACUGUGUCAAGAAUGUUAAUAGCUAAUAAACAACCAACUAUUUUGAUAAUUCACUGCGGUGGUAAUAAUAUUUGGGACCCUCAAAAUACCCUAAAAGGUAUUCAAAAAUUCAUGAAACUAACUUUAUCUCAAAUAGCAGACCUCUUGCCAAACACUCUCAUUGUAUGGUCACAUAUAUUACCUAGAAGUAAUUGGAGGCAGUCUUUAUCAACCAUUGAAGGUGAAAACUCUAGACGUAGAAUAAAUAGUGCCAUUGCAACAUUUGUUUUCAAAAAGCUUAAUGGUGCAUCUAUCAAAUAUCCAGAUAUCCAGAUAACUCAAAAGAGAUUAUUUAGAUUAGAUGGUGUGCAUUUGUCAGAUUUGGGUAACAAUAUAUACAUAAAUUCCCUGAAAAAUGCUAUUGUGCAGUUUGUGACAUCUUCCUCUCGCACCUAUCCUUAAAAUAUACUAGCUGAUAUAUCUCUGGCAAGUCAUGGUCCGUUUACUUAUCUAUCUUAUUAUAUAUCAUAUACAUAUAUCUGAAUCUAGAAUGUCCAAGUAUAGACAUUCUUAUGUAUCAUAUCUACAGGUGUCAUUGUUGUCAAAAUUGCCGCCUGGUAUUGGCGGAUGGUUCACGUGACAG